UGAGUGAUUCACUGGGUCUGGACCAGGACUAUAUAUAAUAUCAGGCUUGCUGGGAGACAAAGACCCACACUGGAAAAACAACCAGCGAAUCUAUCACACUGGAAAGAGGUGUCUGUGGAAUCAAUACAUCGACUUCAAUCACCAUGUCACAGCCAGGCGAGGUGAAGAAGAAGAAACGUCCCCCGAUGAAGGAGGAGGACCUGAAGGGAGCCCGCAGUAAACUGGGACUGAAGGGCGAGGUUAAGAGUAAGACGUAUGAGGUCAUGGUUGAGUGUGAACGUAUGGGCAAAACGGCUCCAUCAGUGUUCAGCGGUGUGAGGACGGGGACAGAGACGGCCCUGGAUAAGCCUGCUGCUGCUAAGGCUCCUGGAGCCAGUGUGUUCAGCAAGUAGUAGACACACUGCAGGACACAGCAAUUGCAAUGAAGAAGCACUGUAGUCUUUAUGUUUCUGGGUCAGUGGUGAUGUUGCAUAACAUGGAUUUCAAAACCUUUUUUUCUUUUUCUUUUUUAAUGACGUGGGAUUCAAGAGAGACAAACUUUGCAGUUUGCACAGUGCAUCAGGUGACCUGGCUUAGGUUUGGUUUCAUGUGGCUGAUGAGCUGUACAUUUGGUUAUUUGUUCGCGUUUUGUACCUGACCUUUUUUCCUGAAUAAAUUAUUUCCCCCUGUA